AUGUUCAAAGCAUUCAGACAUAUUGAAGAUAUUGAGCCUUCCGAUCCCUGGUGGAAAAAGGAAGUCCUCGAUAAAGUUGGGGACAAGCUCAAGGGAGGAUAUUUCGAUGAAAAGAAUAAGGAAAAUAAUAAUCUCUCUUUUGGGAAAGUAAAACGACUCUCUCGUCGAGCGGUAGAAUUUUGCUCGAAAUCCCGUAGCGCCAAAAAAGACUAUGGCUUCAUCGUCAUCGAGCGCCUCGACUUGGAAGGACUCGAAGACGCUGUCGAUCGAGGAUUGACUGCUUCGAAUUACCACGAGGGAAUCAAACAGCACAUCGAGUUCAAAGGAGAUGUUCGAUGCAAGCCGGACCGUGGGACGUUUCUUUGCAAAAUUCCAAAACUAGAAACGAUCUUCGCCUUUUGCCCAACUCGUAAGCGCAAUCCAACGCUUGACGGAUUCCUGGUCAUCGUAGAAUAUGUCAAACGCGAGCAGCAGCAUAUUCAAGGAACAUCGUACACAUGGAUCCAUACAGAAAGAGAUUUCUCCAACCAAUGGUGUUAUCCGCUCGCCGUCAUUUCUUACCGAGAUCAGAAAGCGCCUCCACCUCCUGCUCCAAAGAAACGAUAUUCGAGGGAACAAGAAAGCGCUGUCGUCAAAUCAGAACGACGCUCAAGGAGUAGAAGUCCUAGUGACAGAAGAGGAGACAGAAGUCGUGAGCGAGAUCGCGAUCAUCGCGAUCAUAGGGACCGAGAUAGAGACAGAUACCACCGCGACAAAAGAGACAGAAGUCGAGAAAGAGAACAUCGAGGAGGGUCUCACAGGGAUCGCGAUGAUGGGUACAGAAUAAAAAAAGAGCGACGAGAUGAUGAUUACCGCGAAUCUCGGCGAGACGAAGAUUACAGGAGACGAGAUAGUCACCACCGAGACAGAAAAGAAAAGUACGAUCAGGAUGAUCGCAGAGGUUCAGUUUCUUCGAAUGACAAGCGCUGGCCUGGGGAGAAUAGCUUCGAUGGGCCGCCAAACUAUGAGAGAAGGGGGUCUUCGUACAGUCAAGACAUGAAUUCUUCCUACAACAACCAGAAUCCCAGCGACGGUCACGGUCAAAAUGGCUUCGACGGGCAUCAAAAUCGAGUACCACCGAGUAACGGUCAUUAUCACGGAAAUAAUUACCCGGGCGGGCCGUCGGGUGGAUACCGACCGAAUCAUAGGAUGCCGAUGCGACCAGGCUAUCAUCCGCACCAAGGGUCGUAUGGACAUCCGCAUUAUAACAACAUGCGCAUGCCGCAUGGAAACGGUCAAAUGCAAAAUCCUCGAGGACCUCGUCCUGGAAUGGAUCGAAGCAUGUCCACUCCGAAUUCGCAUGUGAUGUCUCCCGACGGAUUACCGACGCCGGACAACUUUCCAAGAGGACCUCAUCAGCGCGGUCCGCCGAACGACGGUUUCACGCCGAAUAGAGGUCGAUUUCCAUCAACUGGCGGCUUUCCUAACUCACCUGGUUUCCAAGGCUCACCUCAUAGUAGCGCAGCGCAUAUCUCCCCGCCAGGUCCACCCGGACGACCGGAAUUGGCGAGACGCCAUUCGGAACAAUUCAACAAAGUGCCAAACGCGAAUCAAAAUCUUCUGACAGUCCCACUUGCUUCCCCCAAUCCUGCACAAAUGGCUGACGGAAGAAAGGAUCAUUUCUGCAGAGAAUAUGUUAAAACCCGCCUCGAACGCGUCAGCGCGAAAAGAAAAGCGAUAACGUACUGGAGCGGAAAACUCGCAUUCGGGGAGGAUGAAAUUGAUGCUUCGUUGAUGCACUACACGGAUCCCGACAUGCUCCUCAUCAGCGAGUGUUACUUGCGUUUUUCGAAGCUAAAGCCACUUCUUUUCAACGAUUUGAGUUCGGAAAUCAUUAAACUUAAUGUCACAAUUACAAAGCCGAAGAAAUCAAUGCACAAGAGUUUUGCAGGGAUGUGGUCGUGUUACCCGGCGUAUAUUCAGAAUUCCCCUGAGAACCAAGAAAACAUCAACAAAGUCUUCGAUCGCGAUACACGAGCUUGUCUUUCUGAAGUCACGACUUCAAAAAUGAUUGUCUUUUUGGUGAAAUCGGAUCAAGGCCGUCUGAGGGACUUGCUGAACUGGGACGCAGUGAGUAACAUGAUGCCAGACGAUUCGAUCCCCGGUUUUUUCUUCAUUAUCUUCACGCCGCUUAGCAACAUCAAAGAAUUCACACAAGUUCAAAGAGCCAAUCGAGAAAUUGACCUUGUCCAUCCACACCCUCUUGACCACGAUGGGCCGGGGGUGAAUCCACUUGAUCCGUCUUACGAAGCCGUUCAACAUAUGAUGGGCAAUCUGAGCAUGAAUAUACAACACGAAGACAAGUACUUUCACAAAGAUUAUCGGGCGAAUUGGAAUAUUAAUCACGACAUCAUUUUGCAACUCCAAAAAAUGACCCACAGUCAAAAAGGGCAUCAUCAAACUGUUCAACAAAUCGCCACUAGAAUUAGCCAUACUAGAUACAGUCAAAUUCCACAGCUUUUGAAAAAAUUCAUCGACGUCAUCUCGGAAUAUGAAAUCUUCGUAAAAAUGGACGAAAUACUCGCCGAAGCGAUUCGAGAAGAGAAGCAAAAGCGGCAAGCUGCAAGUGACGCCGCUGCGAACCCUCCAGCCGCGCCGUCUACAACCGUGCCUAAUCAAAACUCAACUAACUUAUCCUCCUCGAAUCAGCCGCCGAAGCAACCAGCUCCGGAUAAGCCGCGACCACAGCUUAACCUUCAACCUCUCACACUUCCACAAGUUCAUGCAACUCAAAUCCCUGAAAUUUUAGUUCCGCAGACGCCACCUUCAACUAGAGUAGUUUCGCAACAGCCGCAAGAAAAAGCACCAGUCCCUUAUGUUCCAAGUCCAAAAGUCCGCAAAUUAGAUCGCGCAGAUCCAAAUGUACAAGAAAAGUUAAGAAUAGAACAACUCAACAAAGAAGCGCAAUUAAUGAUGUUACUUCAAGCCGCUGCGGCGAAAGAUAAUGGCGCAAAACUGCUAAAAGGCCUCUCGUUCGCCGAAGCGAUCCUGCUUAUCGAUAAGAAUAACGUAAAAAUUCAUCCGCCUGCGGAUCCCACCUUCGAGGAGCAUUACGAGAAUUGCCUGAUGAAUAUUCUUAGAAGCGAAGACCUCUAUCUGUCGAAAGAUUUCCUCGAAGGCAAAGAACUCCGUCGAACGCGCGACAAAGACUACAACCCAACCGUAGAAUUUUCAAUUCCCAGAUCUGUUCUCAACGAGAAAACGCCAAACGUCGAUCCGCACAAGCACAACGAGCUCAAAACGCUGCUUUUGAACGCGCUCCCGAGAAUGAAAGACGCACCAGAGGAGCGGCAGCAGUCACAAGUUAGGAUUGACGAACGGAGGCCGAACUUUACGAGAACGGUUAAUAUCGACGAUCCAAAUCGAUUCUCGCACGUGAAAAAGUUGAAUUUGGCGAAUAUGGCCGUGAUUAGAGCGACGAAGAAUAAUAUCAAACGACUUCGUCUUGGUCAGCAGCAGAUCGUGGAAUUGAUGGAGGAAGAAGAUGACUCGGACGAGGACGAUCGAAAGGGAGGCAUGAAAACGGAGGACAUCAACAAGUGGCUGACGGAUAUUGAGGACUGCUGGAGCGAAAUCGAUAGAAUCACUGAUUACCCAAGGUUCUCCGAGGGGCCGAAGAAAGGAGAAAUUCUCGAAAACUACCUUCUCGAAGUUAAUAAACUUGCACUCGAAGAAUACAACACGAUCAUGAGUAUGCCUCCGCCCAAAAUACCUGGAGAAGAAGGUGAAGACAAAACGUCCUAA